AUGAAGACUUACGGUAUCUGGAGCACGCUAGCCACCCUUGGCUCAUUCACUCUCUCAUCGGCCAAGACCCUCAACUUCGUCGCACACGAGGAUGAUGACCUCCUCUUCCUGAGUCCGGACCUGAUCCGAGACAUUCUUUCCGGCGAGCCCAUUCGUACCGUGUUCCUGACUGCAGGAGACGCUGGAAUGGGAUCUGACUACUGGAACAGCCGUGAGGAUGGCUCGCGGGCAGCUUAUGCGCGCAUGGCAGUGGCGAGCAACAACUGGGAUGAAGACGUGAUCUACGUCGGAGACAAGACCAUCAGCCUCUACACGCUGCAAGACGACGAUGACAUUUCCCUGGCAUUCAUGCACUUGCCGGAUGGCAACAUGGACGGAACUGGCUUCGGCGGCACCGACCAGAACGACAGCUUGCAGAAGCUGUGGGACGGCGACAUUGAUGUGAUCCGGACUAUUGAUGGCUCGGGUGUUCAGUACACGAGAGACGAGCUGCUUGAUACCAUUGCCGCUCUGAUUGACGACUUUGACCCCGACGAGGUCAAGACGGGUGACUAUGUCAACGACUUUGGCGAUGGCGACCACAGCGAUCAUUACGCCACCGGUUACUUCGUCGACAAUGCAUUGCAGCAGGCCGACAGCGAUGCUGAUCUGACCGGAUACUACGGGUAUCCGAUCCAGGACAUGGAUGUCAACUUGGACGAUUCGGACAUUGAAGACAAGACGAACAUCUUUUACGAAUAUGCUGGUUAUGAUACUGCCACCUGCGCCACUGAUGAUGCUUGCUCGAGUCGGCCUGAGUCUGCUUGGUUGCAGCGUGAAUACGAGCUUUAAGGAAGCUUCUCUUGAGCUGGUCUUCGGGACGAUUUGGCCAUUUACUAGGCUGUGAGACACUGUGUUUUAUUCUCUGCCAUCUUGUA